AUGGACGAGGACCGUGUCGUGCUCUUGGGCGUUAUUCAGGAGCGUCAGAGCGUUGAUAAUAACUCACCAUACGUAUCCAAGGCAGGAGGAACACCGGCUUGGUACUUGAAGCCACCGUCGGAAGCUGCAAGCUUGACGUGCUCUAAUUGCAGCAAGAGUCUGUUUCUGGUUGCACAGGUAUAUGCUCCAGUAGAGACUGACCGGACGCUCUACGUCUUUGGAUGCAACUCAGUGUCUUGCAUGGAAACUUUAGGCAGCUGGAGAGUGCUGCGCGAUCAGGUCGAGGUUGCAAAGAACGAUGCUGCUUUGGAGGAGGUUGAAAAAUUGACAGAGCAGGUGAAGCUUGCAUGGGAAUUGGACAGCGACGGUAGCAAUUGGAGUGACGAUGACAGCAACACGCAAGCUCCAACAGUUGAUCUUUUGGAUUUUGAGGUGCUUCUACAACAGCGCAACGAUGCAAUGCAGAUACGAACAAAGACGACCAAGUUGACUACUCCAACAAACAACACCGAUCAUGUAAAAGAGAGCGCUUCAAGUAUUGACCGGAACGCCUUUUCGGCUUUACUGAUUGAAGUGAUUGACGAGCCGUGCGAAGAUUCUACUGGUGAUCGUGACUUUGAACACGAAAAUCGACUGCUUGAGGAGUACUUGAAACAAGAGGAAGAGGAAAAGUCCACCGAGAUUCGAGAGUUGCGCAACGUCAUUACAAAUCUGAAAAAGAAGCAGGAUGCAGUCCACCAUGCUAGUGCUGCAACAUCAACAGGCGAAUCUUAUGAGAAAACUCCAGCAGGGCAGCGGCAUCUAUUGCGUUUUCAAAAACGUAUCAGUCGUUGUCCUCAACAAUGCCUUCGCUACGAUUACGGUGGUGAACCAUUGUGGCCAGUAGUGGCACCACAAGACUUAAAGGUUCCGUCUUGUGCUGGAUGUGGCAGUGACCGCUUAUUUGAAAUGCAGUUGUAUCCGACUAUCAAUUAUUUCCUAAAGGUGGACGAGUACGUUGUAAUUGACACUACACUGGUGGACUCAUCGGUCUCCACUUCUACUACCAUAACAAGUGCUACUUCCAAGACAAUGGUAUCUACAGGUGGUAUGGAUUGGCUUAGUCUCCUUAUCUAUAGCUGUUCUCGAAGUUGUGGACUAAGUCACGAAGAGUUUAUCUACGUUGUUCCUUCCGUAACUUCCUAA